AUGGCAGGCACUCGCUCCUCAGCCCGUCAGGCCGAGAAGAACUCGAGCCCACAAUCGGCCGAGAAAAGCGGUGCCAAGCGCAAGGCUGGCGACAGCGCCCCUACCGAGGCCAAGAAUGAUCGUCCAUCCAAAGGACAAAAGACUCUCGAGGAGACCAUGCAACCAUCUGAAGAUGUUGACGAAGGCGUUGACGAGACUUUCGAUGAAGAGAUGAGACAAGCUGAAGCUGAUGCUACCGGUAACAAGAAGGAAGAGGAGACCAACGAUGAGAAGAAAGCCGAGGGGAGUAAUGGCAGCAAGAAGGAAGAUGAGGGCAAUGCGCUUGAGAAAGUCAAGGCUGACGAGAAGGACGCUGGGAGAACGAGCAAGCCCGAGGAGAGCAAAGAAACCGCCAAUGGAGAUACCAAAGGCACCGCAGUAAAAGAGGACAAGCAGCGUGAGAAAGCACAACCAUCGAAUAUUCUCGAGAAGGGCAUCAUCUACUUCUUCACCCGCGGCAGAGUCGGUGUCGAUGAUCCAGAUAGCGUGCAAAAUCUCCAGCGCACCUUCUUCGUCCUUAGGCCUCUCCCUGACGGCGCAAAGCUCACCGAGGGAGCCAUCCAGGACGUUGGAAACAAUCGCCUCAUCGCUUUACCAAAGAAGGUCUUCCCAAAGUCAGGCAAGGACAGAUUCAUGGCUUUCGUUGAGAAAGGCAAGACAAGCAUGGACGAGCUGAAGGAGUCGUUCUUUACUGGAUCCGAGUAUAGCACCAAGACCACUGGCACUCGUCAUACUCCAGAAGUGACCCCACUUGGCGAGGGAGUCUACGCCAUGACAUCGACUGGCGAGGGACGCACCACCACCCACCUCGCGUACAUGUUGACGAUUCCAAUGGAGAUUGGCGAAGUCCAGAAGGAUGUGGGAAUUGCCGACAAGGGCAGUUUCGUGCUGAGCUUGAAGAACCCAGAGGCAUCAGGUCCGGCGAAUGCGCAACUUCCACAGAAGCCAGAGUUUCCAAAGGAGUUCAUCGACGAGUUCCAAGGACGCGGGUGGAUGCCAAUUGAGCCGAAGCAUCUCGACUAUGCCAACGCCCAGAUGCUGCUGAUCGGCGAGAGCUUCGAUUCAGGCAGCGCAUUGGAAGCAAAUCCAAAUGAUGAGAAGAAGGAAGAGAAGGAGGUGCCGCAGGAGGAACUUGAGAAGCUCGAGGAAGAAGACGAACACCGCAUUGAGAACCUCAAGGGUGACGACACCAUCUUUGAGGAUCUUGGCAUCUCGUCGAAGGAAUACCCCAAGGUCAAGUCGACGUGGUAG